UUCACUAAACACUUGAGAUGAUUGGGUAAGUAUAUCACUUCUUCUAUAUAUAUAUAUAUACAUAACAAUACAUACCAAAGGCAACACCCAAUUCUUGGUCUAGCUUUCCUUUGCUCUUUGGAUUCUUUGAGAUCUUUAAAUUCUCUUGUUCUUCUAUAGAUCCUCAUUCACACAAAGCCAUGGGUAUCCGUUUACCUGCAGGGAUGAUUCAUGCUAAGCAAAUCCUCCGAAGAUCUCUUUUGCGUGCAAUCCAGUUAGCAACCGAUGUUCCUAAAGGUCACUUAGCAGUCUAUGUGGGUGAGAAACAGAAGAAGAGAUUUGUGGUUCCAAUGUCCUAUUUGAACCAGCCAUUAUUUCAAGACUUGCUAAAUCAAGCGGAAGAAGAAUUUGGGUUUGAAUACCCAAUGGGUGGUCUUACAAUUCCAUGCAAAGAAGACACCUUCGUCGAUCUCGCUUCUCGUUUGAAUGGCCUGUGCAGGAGAAAGUAGGAAAUUAGUAAUGAGGGAAAGGCCCAUGUCAUGUAUAUAUCUAUACAUUUUUUUUGGGAGGGUGGGGAAGGCAGUCAUGAGAGAAA